AUGCGGAACUUACUCUUCUGGGAAGUAGAUGAGCCAAAUGAUCUGACGCGAAGCAUCGAUGCAUUCACGUUUGAAAUGCUUCCGUACUUCACCAAUGCGUUCGACCGUGGCGAACACAAGGACUUCUUUGUGGCAGCACUCCCCCUUUUCUCCGACCGCUUCCCAACAGCCUCCUCCGAACAAAAAAGGCUGUUUGCCAAGGAACUCAUUUACCAAGACGGCAUGACCUUACUUGGAGGUAAUGUCGACCCUCCUGCACCAUUCGACGGGAACUGGAGAGAGGCUAUCACAUUGGAAGCUGACCGUGAACGCCGGCGCAGCUAUUGGCGACAGCAUGGUGAAGGUGACCCCAUCGAACACCAGUACAUUAUCGCCUUUGCGACGAUUGAUGGGGCCACCGAUUCGUACUCACAAUUGUAA